AAACCCAUUAAGCGAAAGCUUUCCCUAUUCCCACCACAACCAUUUGAACCAUUUGAAGGUUUAUGAUCAUAUUUUAAUUCUUUUUGAAUGUUGUAAUAUUGGAUCCAUUAAAACGUGUCCUACACUUUUCGAAAUUAAACGUUGUAAUUUCAGGCUCCCUCCCGCCAGUUCCGUUGAAUUUCUUUCGUUUCAUUAAUAAGUUUUCUACUAAUGUCUGUACAGUCUGGCAAGUCAGCAUCUGUGGACUUCUGGUGUUGGGACGAAGUAGUUCGCAAGACUAAAUCUACUGUUCUUGUACUUGAGUCUCUGAGAUCAGAACAACAGCAGAUAUCUGCUGAUUUAGAUUUAAUAGCGAAUUCGAAAGACGCCGAUCAGCACGAUAUUUUGUAUGCCAAGGAAAAGGCAUCUUCCUUGGAUUCAAUUAUUCAGAAAAUUUGUAAAGGUUUGGAUGAUGCCAACGUUGUAAUAUUAUUUUGUGACUACCUUCAAAAAGUAGAAGCAGAAAAGCAAAAGUUACGGUAUCAGAGUCGUCGGCUUUUUCAAGAGAACUCUUGGUUGAGAGAUGAACUUGCGGUUGCCCAAGAAGCACAUAGGAAAAGCGAACUAAAAAUAGUUCAACUUGAAGAAGAAGUAAAGCACCUUCAAUUUAGCAGUGAAUUGCGGAAAUAUGAUUCCUCUGAACCCGUGGAAUCCUCGGGACUUACCGACGGUGAAAAAAACAAUGAUAAGACUGCCCUUGAUCUUGGGUUUCCUCCUGAUGAUAAAGAAGAAGGAGAUCAGUAUGGAAUGACACAGAGUCAAACCGUCUCCAUGUCUCAGGGUGUUCAUAAUUAUGAAAUACCGACGCGUUUGCGAACACUUCACAACUUGGUAAUACAGUAUGCUAGUGAAGGUCGUUAUGAAGUAGCAGUCCCACUGUGCAAACAAGCUUUGGAAGAUCUUGAAAGGAACAGUGGACGCAAUCAUCCUGAUGUUGCGACAAUGCUGAAUAUUUUAGCUCUUGUCUAUCGUGAUCAAGGAAAAUACAGAGAAGCUGCAACAUUGUUGAAUGACGCCCUAACUAUUCGAGAAAAGACGUUGGGACCUGAGCAUCCUGCUGUGGCUGCAACUUUAAACAACUUGGCUGUGCUUUACGGUAAACGUGGAAAAUAUAAAGAGGCGGAACCACUGUGUAAAAGGGCUUUGUUAAUUAGGGAGAAUGUUUUGGGACAGGAUCAUCCGGAUGUUGCUAAGCAGUUGAAUAACUUGGCUUUAUUAUGUCAAAAUCAAGGGAAGUAUGAAGAGGUAGAGUUAUACUAUCAACGAGCUUUGGAAAUUUAUAUACACGAUCUCGGACCAGAUGAUCCAAAUGUAGCUAAAACUAAAAAUAAUUUAGCUUCAGCCUAUCUUAAACAAGGUAAAUAUGCUGAAGCUGAAAAAUUAUAUAAAGAGGUGCUUACACGAGCUCAUGAAAAAGAAUUCGGAAAAAUUUCUGAUACAAACAAACCUAUUUGGAUGCUUGCAGAAGAACGUCAAUCCGGUCAGUUAACCAAUGCAAAUAAGGAUAUUAGUGAAACUGUUCAAUCAAUGUGGUCACGUAUUUCUCGUUUAGAAAAUCCAACUGUCGGUACAACUCUUCGAAAUUUGGUUGCCCUUUAUCGUAGACAAGGUAAAUUCGAUGCGGCUGAUAUAAUUGACGAGUAUGCUUCAUACUCUAGGACGUCAUCUGUUUCCGAACCUCAUCAAAAAGGCCCAAUCAAUGUCAACCCUUCCAGGAGGCUCUAAUAAUAAGAUGUUUUAUGUGCAGCAGGAAAGGCUUAGACAACUGCGUGGUGGUUCAACUAAUCCAAAAGAAAUUUAUUCCCAAGAUGGUCAUGCUAAUAACAGUAAUUAUAAUAAUUAUUUUCCCCUUGAUGGCUACGGUACACGAUCCCAAUAUAUGUUUGACUUUAAUCCAUCUUUAAACAACAGUUUGAACCAUUAAUUCCUUUUUCUUUUAUGAUCUAUUUAAAAUUAUGAAAUCAGCAAUUACACUUGUGUUUUAAAAUAUCCUUUUUCGUUAUUUUGUGUUUGUUUGUUUAUUCUCAUCUCUGAUUCAUAGUAACAGUUAUUACUUUCUCUCUAUGUAUACCUACUUAUAUGUGUGUAAAGUGUACUUAGGUGAGUAAUUGUGCUAGUAGGAUCGAAUUAUCAUCUUUUCGUUUUUAUUUAUAUGAAAGUUUAUUUGUCUUUUCCAUCCUGUUGCCAUUGUUUACUGUCAUCAAUGGGAUAACCGGUCGCGAUUAUUAUAUUAUUAUUAUGUGCUCUGAACAUUAACUUAUAUCAUUACUUAAUUUUUGGCUGUGAUGAAUCAAAUGUGCAGAUCUAUAUGUGAACUUUGUUCAAUUUUUGAAAAAACGUUGCACACAUGUUAAUAAGAGAAAACUGCUCAUGUGUGUGUGAAUUCGUGCAUGUUUGUGCUACUUCACGAUUUCCCUUGUUUUGUUUUAUGUUUCUAAAUUAAGUUCCUUUUUUAAGGAGCUGUGUAUCUCGAGUGUCAUAAUUCAGUUUUCAAAGAGAAAGAUGUAAUAAAACACUUAUUCAGCUAUAAUUUAUAAAGAACAAUAUUUGUGUCUUCAUUCUCUAUAACUGAUACAUCUUUGCAUAACGGUAUAAAUCAAUGCGUUUUCUUCUCUGUAGUCUCUUAUAUCUCGAUUAUUAUUUUUUAUUAUUAUGGUUCAUUUUUGUGAAUGCAAUAAAUAUGUGCGCCUAAAUUUUUGUUGAACUGUUUUCUCCAUGUUAAAUUAACCACAUUCCUCUCUUUCCCUCUGUGUCUAUCUCUAUGCAUCUCUCUCAUUCAAACCAUGUCGUUGGUGCUUAUCUUUGUGCACAUCUCAAACGUGAGAUAAGGAUACAUGGAUAUAUUUUUGUUUCCUGUUCUUUCAUAUUAAAAUACAAUUAUGCAUUUCUUAACAUAUUCAUCUCUUUUUUUUCUACACAAAUUUGUCUUCCUUUUUAAUCUACCACCAACCUGAUGGAACUCUUAUUCACUUCUAUGCAUCCUCGUCACGUAUGACAAUUUUCUUUUAUUGUCUAAAAUUGCCUUCCUAAGUAAGUUUAUGCUGGAAAUACUAAACACCUAUGCUAGAAUUAGUUACCAUAGAUUUGUUCGUAAGGUGGAUGUUGAGUAGGGUUUUUCGAUCUACAAUACAUCGUUAAUGAAUAGAUACGUACCUGUUUGUAUAAAAUCAGUUUAUAACAGACAAGUAGAACCACAUAUAUUCAAAAUUUCCUUUAUUAGUCGACUGGAUAUCAAUGAUUCUGAUAUUCGCUAUACUAAUUUUGAUAAGGUAAAAUAAACUUGCCCAUAUUUUUUCAUGUAUCAGAAUGAAGUUCUUUAGAACAUAAAAUCGACUGGAAUUUCCUGUGCCGUGCUAUAUUUACAAAGUAACGAGUUAAUGUUACAAAAGUAAUUACUUGAAAGGUUUAUUUGUCACCGAUUUCAUUUAGUUGGUUUUUAUGCUCCAUGAUAGCUCUUAUACCAACGAGAUUUUUCCAAUUCAUCAGGGAGAAAACCCUUUCCAUACUUGAGUAACUGGGAUGUUUCAUUAGCUCAUAUACUUUUAGAACCUUUAAAGUUGGUUCACUUUACUACCAUUCGUAAGACUUUCAUCUGUUUCUAUCGUUAAACUUUUCAAAUGUUUAGUGCUCCAUCCGAACUUUCGAAGUUUUAUCCCUAGUCUCUUCCAUCUGCUUUUCAAAACUCAAAGCUAUUGAUUUAGGUGUUCGAAAUUUGAAUCUGAUAAGAUACCCUAUUUCAUCGAUCAAUAUUUUGAAAUAUCCCAUAAAUAUAUAUAUGUUAUGUCUG